CUAAAAUCAGCAUUUUAUGGUAUGCUUGGAAUGUUUUUUGUGGCCCCUGGUCCUCCGGGUUUGAUCCCUGAAAGCUGCGCUGGAAGGGUUAAACUUCCAGUGCAGACGCGGCCCCUCCCUGCUCGCCUGCUCCCCUGGAUGUAACAGGAGCCUUUUACAGUUGCUGCUCUGCCCUCCUCAUGGCUGCAUGGCUGUCCCGGAGCGUGGUGUGCAGGAAUGGCAAGGGGUUUCUUUCUUGCCCUCUGUCCGGGGCUCGAAUCUCCUUCAGGGGGGUGGGAGGCGCCUCAUCGGGCCCCGGGGCGCUCUCUGCUCUGCAGGGUAAGCAGCGGACAGUAGAGGACCUUCCUCAUCUCAGUGUGCUGGAGCUGCUCUACAGGAUGGUGUUUCAGGGUUACUACAAUCGUUUGCAUGAGCUGCAGGUACGCUGAGGUCCAUACUCUACAAACUCGAGAUGUCUAGAAUCUAAUCUAAAAAUAUGGCAUGUUGUCUUUGUGGUGCAUUCCUGAAAUCCCUGAUUUAACCUGUCUUUGGUUGCUGGGGUUGACCCUCUGAAGCUGUUAUAUGAGGGUUUGCUUUGCUUACACCCACAAUGCAUAAUAGAAAAUGUCAGGCUGGUUGCGUUACCUUUGUUCCCAUAGUAACCGCCAGGUAACAACAGCAGACUCCCCCUGAGGAAAGGCUCUUUUUUCCUUCUCCCACUACCUGCAGGGUGAACAGCACUUUUACUCCCUCACUUUAGAGAUACCUCUGGACCAGCUACAUUUAUUAAACAUUCUGCUUUUUGUUGAUGGUACGGAUAAUCAAACUUUGUUGAUUUGAGUUUGGAUCUGUGUUUACUCUCCCUGAUGCCUUCAUUUCUCCUUCUGUCAGAUCUUUGAGAAGCAGCGAUACGGGAACAUCUACAGAGACGGACUGAAGUCAGUGUCUGUGAACACGCCUCAGCUGCUGGAGGAACUCCUGAGGAACGAUGAGAAGUUCCCUCGCCGAGGUGACAUGUCUCUGUGGACGGAGUAUCGGGACAUGAGAGGACUCGGCUAUGGACCUUUCACUACGUAAGGUCGCCACAGAUUGCACAACCCAGCUCUGUCCCUGCAGCCUCCUUCUUUGGUCUAAACACUACCUGUUGAUGCUUGUAAUCCUUACAUAAGGGCUUUCCAGGGCAAAGUCCCACCAUGUGAGAGGGAUGGAUUGACUGAGACCUUCCUGUUUUUAAGACUUUGUUAAUGUGUUUCUGACCUGGUUUAUGAGACUCUUGAAGGCCUCCUCCUCCUUCUCAGAGUUAAGCUGUUUGAGGACAGUGUUCGGUUAUGUGAGAAGUUUAGGUUUGCGUAUUCCCAAAAAGCAGCUGGAGGAUGUCACUGUGUUAUUGAGUUUAUCACAGUCCAGUUUUCCUCUUCCUCACAGUCUUCGCAGGUUUAGGACAAUUGGUGUCUUUCUGUGGUGCAAAGAUCCACUGACUCUCUCUCAAAGGUCAGAGGCUGAAGCCUGGAGGGUUGAUCGAAGUGUUUUCAUGCCAGGUCUCAGUUUCAGCUCCAGGUCUGUUGGCAAGCAGCAGUUCAUUCUGUUUAACUUUUGGCAGAUGAAGAGAUUGUAAUAUAUCGCAGUUGGAGUUUAUUUACUCUCUGGCUCGCAGCACCUGUCGGUCCCUUCUCCGUAAAGCUCUGGAAAUCAAACAUCUCGGGAUCAAGAGUGAACUUUAGAAGUACUUGUAAUGCAAAUCUUGGUUUGUAAUCUUUAAGAUGUGCAAGGUAUUUCCUGGAAAACACAUUUCCUGGAUGGCAGCGUAUGUUGCCCUAAAACUUGUGUAGAUGUGCGGCAUGUAGAUUUCAUUCCAGAUGUGCAAACUACCAAUGCCAUGAGCGCUAAUGCAUCUCCAUACUGUUGCAGAUGUUGAUUUCUGGUUUUAAUGUAGUACCACCUAGAGACCUGAAGAUCAUCAGUAUUGUUUUUUUAGCCUUGUCCCCUGUUUGACAGAGAUUCUGCAGAUUUUGUCUUUGUCACUCAUCCUAUAAAAACCACAGCUGACCUUGUAAUCUGUCAUCUAUUACUGUUACGACCUAGAUCUAGCGCAAUGACCCUACAGUGUCCUCCAGAGACCUGCAUUAUAGCCCCGUCAUGGAGCUGUUUAAGUUUACUGUAUCUCGUUUGAGUAUUGGAAAGACGUGAGGCGUGGAAACAAAUCCCACACUGAGACCCUCAGCGUGAAUAAAAGAUCCACAAGCUGCUCACUAGUUUUGCAAAGUGACUCUUCUUGUCCUCCCAGGGAAGGAGAAAGGUGGUACAACCUGAGGGCGAUGCUGAACAAGCGCAUGCUGCAUCCAAAGGACUCUGCACAGUACGGCGGGGUUAUCAGCGAGGUUGUGACAGACUUUAUCAAGAGGAUGUACGAACUGCGUCAGAGCAGCUCCACAGGAGACCUGGUGCCUGAUGUGGCCAAUGAGCUCUAUCGUUUCUCACUGGAGGGUAAGGAGGAAACAGGCUGUUCAUGAAGUGAUGCUGACUGAAGAAAGAGCAAAACCGAAUAUUUUAAUAAUUUGCUUUUUAAAUUUUAUAUUCAUGGCUGUCUGAUCGUAUUAUUCUAAAUAAUGAGACAGGUAUCGCCUCCAUACUGUUCGAGACCAGGCUUGGGUGUCUGGAAAAGAAGAUCCCGGCAGGUACGCAGGAUUUCAUCGACUCCAUAGCGCGGAUGUUCUCCUACAGCAUGGCCGUGGCAGUGACGCCCAAAUGGAGCCGCACUUUCCUACCCUUCUGGGAGCGCUACAUAGCGGGCUGGGAGGGCAUCUUCAGCUUUGGUGAGCUAGAAGAAACGCUGUAGAGUGAUGAACAAAGGCUGCUUCUCAAUUUGUGACUCUGUCUGCUCACAUCCUUCAUAUGUGUUAAAGCUACUCUAGAAAUUAUUCUGAGGUUGUUGCACUCAGUUAAAAAGUUUUUAAGAGUUCAUGUUUCACCAAUAGCUGAAGCAACUAAAAGAAGCUGGCAGAGCUCAUUUAAACUAAGAAAAGUUGACUUAAUGCAACAUUAAAAAAGUUAUAUAGUUUAUAGUCAAGCUGAACAAAAUAUUUGAGUUUGAAGCACUAGAUUCUUAUUCGUACCAUCAACACAAAAACAUGUAAAAGUUAUUAAUAAAGGUUAGUUUUAUUUGCAAAAUUGAGUUUGUGUCCCUUGAAAUAGCUUAAAAUAUUUUCUCUUUUAGAAGAAUGAGUUUAUUUCACUUAAAAUUUGAACUAUUUAAAAAAAAAUUUGUUAAAGGAACUAUUUUUCAGGUUUUAAAAAGUGUGCAAGUCUCAUUUCUCCAGAAGAAGUAAUAAAAUAGAUAUGCAAAUUGUAAAAUAGUUUCAGUCGCUGCAUGGUUAAUACUUUGCAAAUGGUCUUAUUUGCUUCUGUUUAUCUUUAAAAGGCCCUGAUAUGAACUUAAGUUUAUUUCAUAUCUUAAAAAUCUCUAAACUUGGUUAAAAACAAAUAAAAAAUGAGUAAAUAAUGACCACCAGUCAUGUAACAUCUCUAGUCAAAAGGGAACAAGUGAAGGAUACCCUGGUGUUUCCUUGUUCCUAUCUCCUCCAGAGCGUCCUUUUUCCUUAAUUCUUGUCUUCUGUAGGUUUUUUUUUAAAACGGACUUUUCUGCACUUGUUUCAGCCAAAGAGUUGAUUGACAAGAAGCUGGAGAUCAUCCAGCAGCGUGUGGACAAAAACCAGGAAGUGGAGGGCGAAUACUUGACGUACCUUUUCUCCAACGCCAAGAUGAGCACGAACGACGUGUACGGCAGCAUCGCAGAGCUUCUGUUAGCCGGAGUGGACACGGUAAACGUCACUCUUUACUGUAAAAAUGUGAGUAUAUUCAGCAUUUUUCUCUGUCAGGUCACUCAAGUGCAUUUCUUUGGUUUCAAGACCUCCAACACCCUCACAUGGACGCUACACCUGCUGUCCAAGCACCCUGAAAUCCAGGACAAACUCAACCAGGAGGUGUGUACUUUGGUGCCCACAGACCGGCUGCCCACUGCUGAGGAGGUCACAAAGAUGCCGUAUUUAAGGGCUGUCAUUAAGGAGGCACUGAGGUGAGAGUGAAGCUGAGCCUCUGUGGUGGUGCACAGACAUGAUCUGGAUUCGAGGCUCUUUUUUUAACAAACUGCCUGAUCUUGUUUUGCAGGAUGUACCCUGUGGUUCCUCUGAAUGCAAGAGUCAUCGCAGAGAAGAGUGUUUCUAUCGGUGGAUAUCAGUUUUCCAGAAAGGUGGGUCUCAUUUUGAACUCUUUGUUUAGUCGGUGUUUCCUCCUGUCGCUGCUGCUCAAACUUUUUAAAGGAGGUGCAGAUAAGUUUCAACUUUCUUAUUUUCCAGACGUCUUUCACGCUGUGUCACUACGCCAUCAGUCACGAUGAGGACACUUUCCCCGAGCCGUUCACUUUUAAGCCUGAGAGGUGGCUCCGUGACGGCCGAAAGAGACCAAACCCUUUUGGCUCCAUCCCCUUUGGUUUUGGGGUGAGGGGCUGUGUCGGUCGACGGAUCGCUGAGCUGGAGAUGUACAUGGUUCUGUUCCGGGUAAGUUAUGACAAACACUGAGUAAACUUCUAUUAUAUGAAAUGGAAGAUGUGAUGAGAGUCUAUUUCUUCUUCCUUUAGAUUGUCAGACUGUUUGAAAUUAAUCCAGACCCGAAGAUGGGAGAGCUGAAGUGCAUCUGUCGCACCGUCCUGAUCCCAGACCAGCCGCUGAACCUGCACUUUGUUGACAGAGGAGCUGCAAAUGUCACCUGAUUUGGUUUUUUUUUGCACUUUUUUCACCCCUAUUUUAAAGCUAAUCUUGCAUGUGAAUGUAAAAAAUUUGAUAUAUUUAUAUUUAUAUGUUUUAAAGAAUAUCCAAUGACAUGUUCAAAGAGAGGCAGUAACAGCAGGUUUAAACCUUUGCUUGAACAAACCAGGUGGGAAUAUCCAAAACAGAUCUAUAAGCUCAUGAGUAGACUUUAUUAGACUUUAUUAGACUGUAUGUAUACUAUUAUACAAACUUAUUACCAUGUUUUAUUAUUAUUUUUUUUAAUACAUGUAAGACUGAAGAACAACUGAGCAGCUCUGGAGUGAAGGAAACAGAACAGGAGGUCACAUUCAACACAACUUAGCUAUAUAGUUAUAAAUCUGUGUCCUGUACACACAAAUGAAUGAUAAGAAGUGGAGCAGAUGAACAAAACACAAACAGAACAACAACAUAGACCUGUGUGUCUUGUUGCAUCGCACUCCAAUCUUGAACAAAUAAGAAACUGAGUGAAGAGGCAGAGAAAAGGUCAGAAGUGUCCGAGCAGAAAAACUGUCCUACAAGGAGGCGACUUUGAUUUUCUCAGAAACUUCACAACCUCAUCACCUUCAACUUUCGAACCUAUAGAAGAGUAGAUAAUCGUUGAAGACGCACAUGUCUGUCUGUUUCCAGCUCUCUUUACAUAAACUUAAAGUGUGCACUGCAUGCAGGAAUCACAGCAUAUUUUUAAAACAUAAAAUAAUUGUUGUAAAUGUUAAACAACAUGACUGGACUCAUUUCUCAUUUCUAUCAAUUUAAAGGCAAAAUCUUACCAAUGUUGUAUUUCUAUGGUACAAUAAAGCCUUGUAUUGUUUGUAUUCUCCUGUAUGUGUGUGAAAGUAUAAAUGAAAUAUCGAAAUGACAGAAACGGUCACAGGGGGUCACUUAGUUUUGAAUUUGUGUCCAAGUUCCCUCAAGUCCCAAUUCACAAAGACAAACAGUUAAAAGUAAAUCGACCAAAAGGAACAUGUUAAAGUCAAGAAAAAGACAAAAACAAACUUCUCUGAUAUUAAUCUGAAAUCACAUAUAUGACGACCAAAGGAAGGGCUGGAAGAGUAUUGACUAAAAAAGGCACAGAGAGGGCGCUUUGUUUUGAGGGAACCUCUGUGUGGGUCUCCAGAUUAUGAAACAGAAAGAAAGAAUGAUUUCCCCACUUGUUCUCCCUCUUGAGUCCAGCCUUUAUGAAAUAACUUUCACUUGUAUUAGAGUCAAAUUUGAUCAUUGGUUGUGCACUUUGUCCACUGCGAACAAUAUGAAAUAAUGACAUCUGAGUAAUGUACCGUUUGUCCACUAGGGGGCAGCAUGCGAGCAUGAAAAUGGACAGAGCCCUUGAACUUCAUGAGUGCUGCAGGGAUUCGAGGUCUGCGCAACAAUAUCAGCUCAGUAUUGUGGUGACUCAGCUGGGACUGAACCUCAUGAGGACGUUUAGGUCAGAAUAACACACCGAAGAACAUUAAAUUAUAUUUACAGUCGGAGUUUUCUUAGAGGAAAUCAUGCACACCUGAUCUGACAGGCUGCAAACUCUCUCAGUUUAGGGGGAGUGUUGAAGUGUUUGCACAUGUGUGGUGGGCUAUUAAACAAUCAAUGCCUUUGCGGACUUGAGUGACAGCCUAAAGCACCAAUCACAGGAGCCAAUGCAAAGAGAAACAUAAAGAGAGUGAGAGAGAGAGAGAGAGAGAGAGAGAGAGAGAGAGAGAGAGAGAGAGAGAGAGCUGCAGACUACCUGUUUGCUCUCCUCCUCCUCAGAAGGAAGUCACCUCAGUCACUCAGCACAUGCUGUCUGUAAACAACAGUGAGGAAAACUCUUUAAAACUCUUUAAAAACAAAACUUUUUAACUUUUUAAAUCCUGGAUGAUGUCUGACUGUCUGCGCGGAUCUGUCGCAGGUUCCAGCGGGAUAAAGUCAGGAUCUGUUUCUGCAUGAGGAGCUGAAAGAGGGGAAGGAAGGAGGACCGGAGCGGUGAACUUUUGAAUGGGUUAAAGGACGAGCUCUCUCAGGCUUUGCUCGGAUGGGAUGCACGGUGAGCUUCAUCUGCUGUGAAGACGACUUUCUGCAAAUGCCUGUGUACCACCAUGAGGAGGAGAAGAAGAAGAAAGAGAGCGUGAAGAAGGUAAGGGAUGAGGAAACUUGAGUGACUGAACGAGUGGGUCAGGUUUUUUUCUCUGCAAAAACAGACACAAAAGUCCUGUAAACUCACUCACAAACAUCCAGAGUGAAGUCAGAGGAAGCCUGUAGUAAGAAGAAGUCACACUGUAGUGGUUACAUAAGGUAGAGACAGCCUGAGUACAAUCCUAAAUCCAGGUGUAUUGUGUGUCUAAUACCUGCUUUGACAUUCAUUCACUGCUGCUGUGUGUGAAUGAGGUAAACCAUUCACUAUAAUGAGCGCCAAGGGCAACAGGAGAAGUCCAAGUUCAGUCAUGCUUGUUCUCCACAACAAAAGCCCAGAGCUCAUCAUUGGUGGUCUGUACCUGCAGCUGUACCCUCCAACAGAAUCAUGAUCCCAGUCCUCCUCUCGUCCUCUGCUGCUUUUUUGUUUUUGUUUUGUUUGUUAUAUUAGUAAAAAAAAUGGUUUAACCCAGUAUUGCUCUGCAGCCUGAGGGUUUUACUUUGCUCUCAGAGGAAUGUGGUCAGUGACCUGUGACCUGCUCUGAACUGACAGACUAAGAUUAACCCCAAAGACUGGCGAGUAAUGUUUUAACACUGUCUGGAACAGAGCUGAUUUCAUUAACCCUGCAGCUCAGUCAGAUGAGUAAAUGAAGCUUUUGUUUGACGCUUUAAAUCAGGAGGAAGUUGUUAAAAUGUGUGGAUAACUUCAGUCAUGAUAUUGGUCUGUGGCUCUGCCAUGUGUUGUCUUUUUUCUAAAGACUAGUGCAGUAUCACCGGGGGCUGCAGUUAGGGCUGGGCAAUAUGGGAAAAAAGUUUGUCACAAUAUAUUUUUUUCAUAUCAGUCAAUAUCGAUAUAUAUCAUGAUAUAAUAAAUGAAAUUUAACAGUGUUUAUUGGUCGCAUGUCUUUUGCAAUACAAUAAGCUGCUGCAUCUGUGAGGUCUUUGCGUCUCUUUGUAACCUUUUGCAUUGUACAUGCUCUACGCCCUGAGUAGUUUGGUCCCUCUUUUUUGGAUGACUGAAAUAGAGGCUGUAAGACAGGUUUUAGGCCUGUUUAUCCAACUCAGCUCUAUGUUAUUCUCUUUGUGGAAAUCAUGUGCUUGUCAUCAGUGUGUUGGUAAGUCUGUGCAUUUUUUCUGUGGGUAGAACUGAUGCAGCACUAACACCAACGUCUCCAGCUGCAGCUGCAAUAAGUGCAAACUUUUCAACAUUUUGAGGGUUGCAUGUAUUGCCAUUUAUGUCAGCUAUGUUCUGUGUUAUGGGGUUGUUUGCUGCUGCAGAGAGGAGGUGUGCUCUCCCUGCUGGAAGGUCUAACAUUGCAUGUAUGGAGGGCAGAGAGUGUGACUAUUGCAGACAAAUAUUUCUUCCUCUUAAUGAAAGUGGUCCUGAGUGAAAUGAGAAGUCUGCCUGUGGGUGAACAACAGCUGCUUCCUGCAUCUGUAUUUUCAGAAGAAUUAAUUUCCAGUGACUCAAGUUCAUCUAAAUCUGGGUUUUUAAAAAUGAUGGUGUCAAAUUUAUCCAGAGUUUGAGGAAACUUUCUAAACCUCAACCCCACAUUUGAGGCUUUAUCGGUGGCAUUUCUGAUACUGCAAUCAUCGGGAACAUCUCUAUUUAAGAUUAAGAUAUCAUAUUUGGUUGUUUAACCCUCAGUAACACGUAAUUUCUAUUUAUCUAUCUGAGAUAUGUCAUAAGUUUUCAAAUGCUGACUGAAUACUCGUAGUUGUGAAUUAGUGGUCUUAAUAACACCUUAAGGAGUAACUCUAUGUGCGUGGAAAAUCAUUUAAAAGCUUCAUAGUGUGAAUUUUUCCACCACAGCUCGGACUUUUUAAGUAUAUCGGUGAAGUUUUGUGUGUACAGCUCUUUUAAAACACUUUGUCACAGAGAGCUUCGCAGUGCUAACACUUGAGAGACACUUUUAGACGUCUCAGAUGACUUUUCCUGGACACGCUGAGCCGUCUGGUGGCACAGACAAACAGUUGGCACCACGGCGUGCAUGUGGGCACUGAAGAACUGUGGGAAAUGAGAGCCCUGACUCUGCCAGCGGAGCCGCGGUCGAGGUAAUGAAGUGGUGCUAAAGUGUUGAAAAUAGUCAACAAGUGAAGAGGCCAAGUGUCAGUCAUGCUGAGUUUAAAUAAGCAGCGUUUAAAGGAGCAUUUCGGACAAUGCUCGAUAAAUGCAGAGCGGUUUAUCGUCAUUCUGCAGGACUGUGACGCUGAUUUAUCUGCAGGCGCUGGUGAUUUCUCUCGCUGCAGCAUUUUUUUGCGUACCAUUUGCUCUUUUUUCACGCUGCCGUUUGUGUCAAAGGUGUUCUGAGGGGCACACACUUUGCUUCCUGUGGUAAUUGCUCCUCUUGUGUGUCUUUGCUUGUGGUUUGUGUCGGAGGAGUGGAGGAGAGUUUGGUCUCUCCUGUCAGGGGCGCUCAGGGAGGCCUGAGGUGCAGAACUUUGAAGAGUGAUAACAAUCUGCCAGAAAGAACUACCCUCAUGAAAAACCAAAGCACACAACCAGGACUUUGAAGCAGAUGAGGGGGUCUUGAAUAGACUUAAGGAAGAAUGUGCGCUGUAUGUUUUGUGUCUGAGGUUGUUAUAUAAUGGCAGAACAUGAGGCAGACACACCAUCAGAACACCUGACUACAAGAUAUAUUCACGCGGACUCAGAGACACAUCCAAAGAUCCUAAUUUAUACUCUUUAAAUCGAACCUAAAGCUGUGAAAACUGUAAAGCGGUGCUUGAUAAUGUGAAAAUGCUCUUAGUUUGUUUAAUCCCACCGAGUAUAAACUGACAUCAGUUUAUAAACAUGUUCAGCUGAAAGUUCGGGUUCCUCCCAGCCAUGACCAAAUCCAAAAAGCUUGUGAUUACCACCCCGUAGAGAAAAAAAACCCGUUGUGCUCCCACUCCCAGAUCUUGAGCUCAGCUGAUGAUGUUUCCAGUUUUGAAGUGAUGAACAAGUGACCGAGAAAUGGAAAAAGAUGCAUUUACAAGAGUGAGUUGAAAAAUGUCGAAGUUGCCCUUUAAUUCCUGUAGCUGCAAUGAGGGGGUAAGUAAGCUGGAGGAACACCAGUACAGUGAAUGUUUAUAGAUAAUGAUAAAUUUCACUGUUAAAGGGAUAUUCCGGUGUAAAAUUAAUUUAGGGUCAAACACACCGUAACAACGAGUUAGACACCCCCUCGAGAGAUGAAUGUUGCCGACCGCUUGCUUCUCUAGUUAUACCAGCGACCGCAUGAUAGCAAUACAGAGUGGUCUGAGGCACCACACACAAACCUCAAGCAAAAGGCCACUCUAUAGCCACAAAUAAUGCUCAGAACAGCACCUAACUUCAUCAACAGGACAUAUAGGGUCCUAGCCAUAGUACUAGCCACAAGGAUGAAACAAAACCAGCCACUAUAUUAAGGUUCCUACUUUGUCCACAGGGGGCGCCAAAGUCAACACAGACAGAAACUUCCUCACAGGAGCUUUAAUAUUGUUCCUUGUGGUGAUAUUUAACUGAAUCAACUCUACGAAAUGAUCAUUAAAGUUGGAUAACUUUGUUUCCCAUUUGUUAUUGACUAACGUGUGAGACAUUUAGACUUUAAAGGUUAAUAAAAGUUCACUGACCUCCUUUAAUGCAGCAGCGGGAACAUUAGACGGACAGCGAGACAUUACAAGAGGCAUUCCUCUGUACUAGAAAUAAAGUCGCCACAAAUAAAGUCCAUGUAGCUGACCAUUAGUUUAAUGUAAUUGAGACCUUUAAAGUCUUCAGCUGGCAGCUUUGUGAGGCUUUGCCACGGCGUAGCAAUGAGCUGAGAUAAAUGCUAAAGUCAGCAUGAAAACGCCUUCACGGUAUCAAUGCUGACCUGCAGAUUUUCCGCAGGUAUACUGUCCCUCCAUAAGAGACUAAUCCUCACUGUCAGGUCCUGCUCUCUACCCUCCCUGUUUCUGAAUUCCCACCAAAGUGUCAGACAGCGGGUGGGGGCUUUCCUGGGAUUUGAAGAUUUUCGAUAAAGGUAUAAAGGUAUGCGGUGAACUGAGAGUUACCUGCAGCUCCAUAUUGCAUUCCAGUGGAUGCUUUAGCUGAGGCGAAACAGUGCGUCCUCUGUGCUGCGUCUCUGGGGAGGCCUAUCAUUUCACUCCUACCUGCUGGCUCUGACCUGCACAUGGGCCGCAGAACAAGACCCUCUCUGUGUGCCGGUCUGUGGAGAGCUGCCCGCUGUGUGCUUGACCCGGGAGAGGGUGGUGAUGCCUCCGCGAGGUUAACCUCCGUCAUUUUACCUCUUAAUGCACAUACACGCAGGAAUGUAACCUCCUGUGGACGUUUUUUUUUCAGAACAGGAAGCUUUAAACAGACCUUUACUCCUGCGCUGACAGUCCGGGUAGAGUCUGCUGCAUUUUUAAUUUUUUCUUAGGGUGCUGAAUGCGUGAAAUCUGAUCUUGUAUCUGCAUUUGUCUUGAUGUGGUUAACCUCCGAGCAGGUUUUACAAGCUCUUCACAGCAAAUAUUCAGACAGUUCUCACUCCCAACUCUGGAAAUUCAGCACCUAAGUGACCCUUUUUUCAACUUGAAAUAACACAGGACACUAAUUGACAGUGAGGACGCCGCCCUCAUCAACACCAGAACAGCACUGUUCCUACCUACUCCACCUCACCACCGCCGUAAAUGACAACCACAUCCCCACAGUCUGCAUUGCCACCUUCAGCAGACCCAGGCUCUGUUUAUUUGAGCUUUAGUCCGGCUUUCCUGUGGCUCGCUGAUAUUGGGGGUCACCGUAUAAAGAGUGAAAGUCUGAAAGAAGUGUUGGUGCGAGAAACACAAGUGUGAGCUGUAUCCAGGAGGCCGUGGUAACUUUCCACUUUAAUUAACUUCUUGAACUUCACAACUUUUUUUUCCUGUAGUUUUAAAACUUUAACAAAUGAACCUUAUAGUUUUUAAUUAAACCCAAACUAUGAUUAUCUUCUCAUUUUAGCACAACAAAGUGAUUAUGAAAUUGCAACUUUGACUGUGUUGGUAAUUUUUCACAUGCCCAGAACUCAUAAACAUGACAUCCCAGUUUACAAGCUUGACUGUGACUACAUUUUUAUGGGAUAUUGCUCAUUUAUUUUUGCUGACUUUGCCUACAAAAGCGUCAAAUUCUCUCUCUAUAUAUGGAGUUUCAAGCAUGGGGACACUGACUGAGCUACUUUACAGAAUAGAUGAAAAUAGAGGAAAAAUUAAAAGCUUUUCUUCCUUCGGUUUUUCUUCCGUUUGAAAGGAAAUGCAGUCAAAGGUUGUAAAAUGUAGAAUAUAGGUUAAGGUGAUAAGAAGCAGUCUGGUGCCGAGGGAUUAAUGUUCAAACUGUCGGCCUGUUUCCUUCAUCAAAGUCCACAAUGUGCAGUUUGUGUGCAGCCGUGGAGCUCUGUCUGUUUUUGCAUCUCUGUGAGCUACAGUACAGUCAAGGACAACGGCACGUCUUACUACAGUUACAGCUUGAUUAGGCGAUUUACUGUCCUUGUUCGGCUUUACAAGCAUCAGGAAAGAAUCAAAUAAUUGACAGAGUCUGCCUCAGGUACAGGAGGUAACUGCACGACCCCUUUCUGCUCCUUACUUCUGGGUGGCCUCCUGGUUGGCCUAUGAAGUACCAAAACAAUCAACAAAAUAUGUUAGCAAGAUGGUGAAACACAAAAACACCAUCACCGUUUCAGCUUUGUACUGUUUCAUCUUUUUUUCUGCAGUCCUUUAUUUGUAUGUUUUGGUUUUGUUUACCACUUUAGCAACACAUCUAUGCUGUUAAACUUCUGGACUAAAGCCUGGCAUUCACUUUGGUCAGUUUCAGUCCAAAUGAGCUGUAAACUUGGAAGAGAAAGUCAGUCCUUAACUGCAUUAUCGAAGUUUGUUUGUCAGAUUAUCCGAGGUUCGAUUUAGUGUGAUUUCAGUCAGAUUACCGCCGGACUAAUGCU